UGGAAUUUCAUAAUCGGAUUUUGUCCUGUUCAAUUUCCGUUAAAACGCAUUUUGUUAUUGAACAUUCCAUUAUGAUGACGUAACAUUAUUCGUGACUCGCAGAACAUCAAAUUUUACUCGAUCACAUUAUAAUUUAUUUAUAAUUAUUUACCGCCAAAAAUUGUUAAUAUCAAUAAAUUAUACUGUUGCAAUUUUUAUGCAAUAACUAUCACGAUCUUUGUCCUUCGAAGCAACUUUAGUAUUCUGUUAAAAAAGAAACGAUUUUUUUGGUAUGGGGGAUGAUAAUGGAGCGAAAAAUCGAGAGGCAGCAGCUUUGCUUCGCCGAGCAGCAAAUUUACUGAAUCCAGAUUCUUCUGGAUCAGCAAGUCUUAGAUCUUCAUCGACUGCUCAAGAUGGUAAUCUUGCCAAUCAUGGAGCUGCUCAACGUGUCCAAUCGUCAACACUAGACAGUACAUUGCAAGAACAACAUCAGGCUUCGUCAUCUCAAGCUUCAACAUCAAGAUCAUCUUGUUCGAUAAGAGAGCAGGAGUUUAGGCGGUUAUUUGCACCGUAUAAUCGAGCUAACAAUGGAAAGAUGUUUUCUCAUCCACCAGCAAAACGUGGUCGAUCUAAUUCGUGGGGACAACAAGGUCGGUGUUAUAAACCACAGAAACUUGGACUCACGAUUUUUUGCCUGGCAAACCAUGGGCAAGAUUGUGUGCCUACUAGAAUGGAAAAAAUUAAAUUACAAAAAGCUGGUCUUGGACGUAAACGUAUUUCUUUCCAUAAAGAUUCAAGUGCAGCCAAAGUGAAAGCAAAAUUAGAAGAGAUCUAUCCCCGGCUGGUAUCAGGCGGUGGUUUUGAGAUAUUAAGGAGUGGUUUAUCACCCAAAGAUUUGUAUCUUGUUACCCCUCCACCAAAUAUUGGAUAUUCUGUCCACUUUCUUCGUGAUAGUUCUGGCCUAGGGCAGGCAAUUGCAUAUAUUAGACCAGUUCAAGCUGAUCUAGAUUCCUCAUCCUUGGAAACGAAGGAUCACGCUCAUGCAGGAGAUGCUCCAGAAAACAAGGAUAUAUCUAUUGCACCAACAGUGAAAUGCUUAAAUUGCUCAGUGCAGAUUCCAAUGAAUUCAAUCAGGAAUCAUAUGGUUGAAUGUGGAAUGGACAAUCACCAUAAACAAUUUGAGAAGGAAAGUUUUUCUGGAACUCCAUUAAUGUCUGAACUGCAUGAAAUGUUUCCUGACCUUCAUGAUACUGUCAUAGCAGAAGCUGUAAGAGUUUGUGAGGGAGACAUUGAAGUGGCAGUUUCAUCAUUGUUGGAUCACAGUAAGUACUUACAUCAUUAUAUCAAGUUCCAUGUAUGGGAUUAUCAAUAUAUUUUGGUCGUAGCAUAGACUCCAUUAAGGCUGAAUGGCGGAUGUGAAAAGACAAAUAUUUUAUUUUUCAUUUUUUUAAUAACUACCUCCAGAUAAUGAAUGGAUUAAUGUGUUUAUACAUGUAACUUCAAUUAUAAAGACAAAGGAAUAUUACUUAAAGAGGAGAUGCCUAAUUAUGAUGUUGAUAGUGCAGACUCAGAUUCAGAAAAUCUUCAACAGGCAACAGAAGUUUGUCUGCAAGAAGGUACGAAGGAAUUAAUAGGUACAUACAUGCUGCUAAACACUCAUAAUUGCAUCAUAAUUGUAGCAUUUAUCUUAAUUAUUUUCAAA